UUUGCGUUCGGGGCGGAGGCGGCGCGCGAGCGAGCUCCUUGGCCUCGAGCCAGCGAGCCUAGCAGGAGAGUGGAGAGUGUGGAUCCCGGGACGGGAGAGAGGACAGGCGGGAUGGCUCGGGGGCUUUGAGGUCCCUGCCCGGCAACUCGGUCCCCGUCGCGUUUUUGCCCCUUCUCGGUGACCUCAACCCGUUUAUAUCGACCCACCUCCCCGGAGCCGCAAGGACCGCCCCGCUAGGGGGCGGAGAUUCCGAGCGCGCGUUGAGCCGUGCGGGCCCCCGUAGCGGAGCGGCGCCCGCAAGUCCCCGGGAAGGAAGGCAGGCGGGCAGGCAGGAGGCCGGGGCGGCGCGCGGAGCGACUGGCGCGGUCAUGUGAGUUGGGUCCCGGUCCUGAACAGCGGGGUGCUGUGUCCCUCCCGCACCUCGCGGACGCGGUGCUGCCCUCCAGCCCCGGCGCCGGCACUUCCGUGUUGGGCUUCGGCCCGCGCCGCCGCCCCUGCCCGCUGGGAAGCCCAGUGACUUCGUGUGUUGGUCACGGUCUGUGGCCCUUGGCCUUUCCAUCUCCCAUCCCAAGGCUCAAACCAGUCGCAUCGACUGAGAGCCUUUCCCCAGCGUCGUCUUUAUGCUUUGUUGUUUUGGUGAAAAUAACUUAGUUGAAAGCAAACUCUGAGUUUCUGCAGGCCUCCGUUGCUGCAUCAUUCACCACAAAAUCGGAAAGGAUGUUUUUCUGGGAUGUUCAUUAUUCCUUCAGUUACUUUAUUUUAAAGUGGUUUAUAAUAAAUCCGGCCUUUUUCUACUUUACUGGCAACAGAAUUUCCAAUGACUGCUUCAGUCACAUAUAUUAAAACGGAGCUUUUGUGAAGAUUCACUGGCCAACGCUUGUAUUUCAGUCGCUAAAAAGAUGUAAACCAUGCAAAAUUUUAACCGUUUUAAAGUUUGAGCUUAAAUGUGUUUUCCCUUUUUCAGGGCCGACUACUGGAAGUCACAACCAAAGAAAUUCUGUGACUACUGCAAGUGCUGGAUCGCAGACAAUAGGCCUAGUGUUGAAUUUCAUGAAAGAGGAAAAAAUCAUAAGGAAAAUGUGGCAAAGAGGAUCAGUGAGAUUAAACAGAAAAGCCUGGAUAAGGCAAAAGAAGAAGAAAAGGCUUCCAAGGAGUUUGCUGCAAUGGAGGCAGCUGCCCUGAAAGCAUACCAAGAGGAUCUAAAAAGACUUGGCUUAGAAUCAGAAAUUCCAGAGCCAAGCAUAUCACCAAUAACUACUACUAUACCACCCACCUCUGCAUCAAGUCAACACAAAGAAAAGAAGAAGAAAAAAAAAGAUCCUUCAAAGGGUAGAUGGGUAGAAGGCCUAACUUCUGAGGGUUACCAUUACUAUUAUGAUCUUAUCACAGGAGCAUCUCAGUGGGAGAAACCUGAAGGAUUUCAAGGAAACUUAAAAAAGUCAGCUGUGAAUGCCAUUUGGGUAGAAGGUUUAAGUGAAGAUGGCUAUAGCUAUUACUAUAACACAGAAACAGGAGAAUCCAAAUGGGAAAAACCUGAUGAUUUCAUUCCACAUACUGGUGAUGUGCUUUCUAGUAAGACCAAUGAAAAGUCACUUGACACCCUAGAAGAAUCCAAAUCUUCAGAUUCACUUAGUGAUUCCAGUGGGGAACAGGAAGCAGAAGGAGAUAUCUCUGCAGAAAGAGAAAAGCUAAAAAUAAAGUUUAAGGAAAAAAAUAAAAAUAGUGAUGAAAGAACUGACCCAGAAAUACAGAAAGAAAAAUGUAUACAAAAACAGAAUUCACCAGGUCCAAACGAAGAAAAACCUAAAACCCUUAAAAAACCAAACCCAUAUGGAGAGUGGCAAGAAAUUAAACAAGAGGUUGAGUCUCAUGAGGAAGUAGAUUUGGAACUUCCAAGCACUGAAAAUGAGUAUGUAGCAACUUCAGAAGCUGAUAUUGUGAAAACAAAAGUGGUAUUUAAAGAAAAAACAGUCACUUCUCUUGGAGUUGCAGCAGAUGGAGUGGCCCCAGUCUUCAAAAAGAGAAGAAUUGAAAAUGGAAAAUCUAGAAAUUUAAGGCAACGAGGUGAUGAUCAAUAAUUGUAAAAGCUUUUUUGUAUGUGUUUUGGACAGAAUGGAGACUUACACUUCUUAAAGCCUCUCUGUUUCUAAUACUUCAAUACUCAAAAUUUAGAUUUAUUCUAAAUGUAUUUUAUGUGAAUUAAAAUAAAUUUCUUUCAUGUGAAAUUUAUUUUUUUCCAAAAAUGGAAACCUACCAUAUUGCAUUAUAAUACAGUGUAUUAUGUUCAAUGUCUAAAAAAUGCUAAUUAUGUAAUAAUUUAAGAUGCUAUGUGUCUGUUAUUUAAAAUAGGAAAAAAUUAGACUUUUAUUCCUCUCAUUCCUGUGAACAUAUUUAUCUUGCAUUGAAAAAUGCAUUUUCACAUUAAUGUUAACUGUGACCUGAGACAAUAAGAAUCAGACCACAUAAGAAAAAAGUCACACCUCAGUGACAAUUUGGACCUGAGAAUCCUAUCAGAAGCUCGAUAUAGAAAAUGUAUAUUGGGGACUGGUGGAGUAGCUCAAAUGGUACAUCAACUCCCUAGCAAGUAUGAGGCCCUGAGUUCAAAGCCCAGUACUGCCAAAAAAGAAAAGAAAAAAGAACAAAUGUCCAGAAAAUGUAUAUUGGCUUACCUUAGCCAUCUUAAAGUCAAAGGCCAGAACCAAGAGCAGCCCAGGUAGUUCAGAUACAGAGCUUAAAAUGGAGCAAAAACUGGACCAAAUUUUAUUUCUCCCAAUUCAAUUCAAAGCAAGAAAAUGCUUGCUUUGAGCCAGGCAUCAUACUAUGAAUCAGGGAUAUAAAAAUAAAAGAAGUGUAUCCCUGUUCUUCAGGAGUCCACAUUCUAGCACAGUUCUUUUUUCCCCAUCAUGUACUCUUUUUAGCAGCCUUAUAUGUACUGGAAAAUGUUUUUUAAGGUUUAUUUAAAGCUAUGUAGAUAAAGGCUUGAAUUAAAAUAGUAAACUUUCUGACUUUAGUAAAAGUUUUUAGUGUUCACUUAAACAUUUUAGAAAUUUCCCAUUUCCUGGUUAAAUGUCUUUAAAAGCAGAAUUUUAUAUUUUUCACAAAUUGUACAGUAU